AUGGGGAUUGAUGUGCUUAUAAUGAGAACAAGGGUGGUUUUCUUUGUAUUUGGUAUGUGGGUAGUGGUGGCGGCCGCUAUGGAAGAUAAGGAGGUGACUGAAAUUACAGCAGUUUCAUCACCGUCACCGUCACCACCACCACCAUCGCCGUCGUCGUCAUCAAGAAGACCUAGUGUUGUGAAUAUUGGAGCUUUAUUAACAGUGAAUUCAGUUAUUGGGAGGUCUGUAAAACCUGCAAUUAUAGCUGCUGUUGAUGAUGUAAAUUCUAAUCCUUUCAUUCUUGGAGAAACCCAUUUGAAUCUCCUUUUACAUGAUACCAAUUGCAGUGGAUUUCUUGGCACCGUUGAAGCUUUGCAACUUAUGGAGAAAAAUGUGGUGGCUGCAAUCGGACCACAAUCUUCGACCAUCGCACAUGUUAUCUCGCAUGUCGUCAAUGAGCUUCAUGUUCCUCUGCUUUCAUUUGGUGCGACCGACCCAACACUCGCAGCUCUCCAAUAUCCUUAUUUUCUUCGAACCACACAAAACGAUUAUUACCAGAUGUCCGCCAUAGCCAACCUGAUUGAAUACUUCGAAUGGAAAGAAGUAAUCGCUAUUUAUGUGGACGACGAUUAUGGCAGAAAUGGGAUUUCGUCGUUAGGUGAUUCACUCGCCAAGAAACGAGCCAAGAUUUCUUAUAAAGCUGCAUUCCCUCCCGGAGCUCCGGUGACGGACAUCGGUGAUUUACUGACCGAAGUUAAUCUAAUGGAGUCUCGUGUUUAUGUUGUUCAUGUGAAUCCUGAUUCAGGUCUGGAAAUUUUCGCCAUUGCUAAGAAGCUUGGGAUGAUGAAUACUGAUUACGUCUGGAUCACCACAGAAUGGCUUCCCGCGGUUCUUGAUUCAUCGGAAACGCCGGAUUCCGAUACCAUGGCUCUCUUACAAGGCGUUGUGACCCUUCGCCAACAUACUCCGAAUUCGAAUUCGAAAAAGAAGUUUGCUUCAAGAUGGAAGAACAUCAAACAGAAGGAAACAUCUAGUUUUAAUUCUUACGCUCUUUAUGCUUAUGAUUCCGUUUGGUUACUCGCCAAUGCUCUCGAUACUUUCUUGAAAACCGGCAAAAAUAUCACGUUUUCUUUGGACCCGAAACUUCAAAACACCACCGGAAGCGAGCUCCGGUUGUCGUCACUCCAAACGUUCAACGAAGGUCCGCAGCUGCUCAAAAUACUUUUAUCGACGAAGUUCACCGGUUUGACGGGCGAGUUCCGGUUUGAUCUGGACAAGAAUCUGAUUCAUCCGGCUUACGAUAUUCUUAACAUCGGUGGAACCGGCUUACGAACCCUCGGAUAUUGGUCAAACUACUCGGGUCUAUCCAUUAGUUCUCCGGAAUCAUUGUAUGCAAAACCUCCCAACAGUUCUACGAGCACUAAACAUCUUUAUAGCGUAAUUUGGCCCGGUGAAACGAGUUCAACACCUAAAGGAUGGGUGUUUCCAAACAACGGGAAACCGUUGCGGAUUGCGGUGCCGUAUCGGCAUAGUUAUAAGGAGGUUGUAACGAAAGAUGUUCGGUCUCCACAAGGGGUUAGAGGGUAUAGCAUCGAUGUUUUUGAAGCCGCGGUGACUUUAUUACCGUACCCUGUACCUCGGAAAUAUAUUCUCUACGGAGAUGGCAUUCGAAACCCGAGUUACAGCAAUCUUGUGGCUGCUGUUGCUGAAAAUAAAUAUGAUGCAGCAGUUGGAGAUGUGACGAUUAUUACGAAUCGAACACGGAUAGUUGACUUUACUCAGCCUUACAUGGAAUCGGGGCUUGUUAUAGUUGUUCCGGUCAAGAAAUCGAAGACCAGUCCAUGGGCUUUUCUCAAGCCAUUCACCAUUGAAAUGUGGCUCGUCACCGGUGGCUUCUUUUUGCUCGUUGGAUUCGUUGUUUGGAUUCUCGAGCACCGUCUGAAUCACGAGUUCCGUGGGCCUCCGAGUCAACAAAUCAUUACAAUCUUCUGGUUUAGUUUCUCAACCAUGUUCUUUUCACAUAGGGAGAACACGGUUAGCACGUUGGGGCGCUUAGUUCUGCUCUUGUGGCUGUUUGUUGUGUUGAUCAUCAAUUCAAGCUACACAGCCAGUUUGACUUCGAUCCUCACCGUUCAACAGUUGACUUCACGAAUCGAGGGCUUAGAUAGCUUGAUCUCAAGUAACGAACCCAUUGGAGUUCAAGACGGAUCUUUUGCAUAUAAUUAUUUGAUCCAAGAGCUCAACGUCGCAGAAUCUAGGAUCAGAUCACUGAAAGACAAAGUGGAUUACUUGAACGCCCUUCAUCUUGGUCCAAAACGUGGCGGUGUAGCUGCCAUUGUUGACGAGCUUCCAUAUAUCGAGCUUUUCAUGACUUACACCAAGUGCGAGUUCAAGAUUGUUGGUCGGGAGUUCACCAAAAGCGGCUGGGGAUUCGCAUUUCAGAGGGAUUCUCCUCUUGCGCUUGAUUUAUCUACAGCCGUCCUCCAACUCUCGGAAAACGGAGAGCUGCAAAGAAUCCACGACAAAUGGCUGGCAUCCAGUUCUUGCUCAUCUCAAGUUGCUGAAAUCGACGAUAACAGCCUUUCGUUAAGCAGCUUCUGGGGUCUGUUCCUCAUCUGUGGUAUCGCAUGCUUCAUUUCGCUUAGCGUUUACUUUUGCCGAGUGUUGUGUCAAUACCGUAGUUUUAAUCCCAACGAAGAAGUGGAUCAUGAGAUUCCGGAACCCGAACCAGCUCGGCGGAGUGUGAGGCGAGCGUUACGUUCAACCAGUUUCAAAGAUCUGAUCGACUUUUAUGAUAAGAAAGAGGCCGAGAUCAAGGAAAUGCUGAAGCGAAACAAGCGACAAGUUAACGGGGAUAACGCUUCGCUGUCUUGAAUCGGGAUUUUUGGUGUUGUGCAGAAUAAUCAACUUUCCUAAAUUGGAAAGUUCUGUUCUUGCAUGCCUUUUGUAUAUGUAUAUUUUCAAACAGUUGGAAGUGAACUACACAUGUUUGGUAACAACAGAUUAGGGCACACUUAGAAUUCAAUACAUUUUCGCUAGAAUUUAUUGAUUU